AUGAGUGACUUGGCAAAUUUACCUCCCGUUGAUCCAAAGACUGGGGAAGUUAUCAUUAAUCCUGUGAAGGAAGAUGGAACUCCAAAGACUCCAAAAGAAAUUGAAAAGGAAAAGAAGAAGGCUGAAAAAUUACUAAAGUUUGCUGCUAAACAAGCAAAAAAGCAAGCUGCAGCUAGCAAGCCAGGUUCUGAAAACAAAAAUAAGAAGAAGCCUGCUAAGGAAUCUGCCCCAGUUCCAGAAUUUGUUGAUAAGACUGUACCUGGUGAAAAAAAAGUAUUGGUUUCUCUUGAUGACCCAGCUUUGAAAGCAUACAACCCAGCCAAUGUUGAAAGUUCCUGGUAUGACUGGUGGGUUAAAAGUGGUUUCUUCGAACCAGAAUUCACUGAAGACGGCAAGGUUAAACCAGAAGGGUUAUUCUGUAUUCCAGCUCCACCACCAAAUGUUACAGGCGCUUUACAUAUCGGUCAUGCUUUGACUAUUGCUAUUCAAGAUUCUUUAAUCAGAUUCUACAGAAUGAAGGGUAAAACUGUUUUAUUCUUACCUGGUUUUGAUCAUGCAGGUAUUGCAACUCAAUCUGUUGUCGAAAAACAAUUAUGGGCCAAAGAAAAGAAAACCAGACACGAUUAUGGUAGAGAAACUUUUGUUAAGAAAGUUUGGGAAUGGAAAGAAGAAUACCAUCAAAGAAUUAAGGGUCAAAUCCAAUAUUUAGGUGCUUCUUACGAUUGGACUCGUGAAGCUUUUACUUUAUCUCCAGAAUUAACCGAAGCAGUUGAAGAAGCUUUUGUUAGAUUACAUGAUGACGGUACUAUUUAUCGUGCUGCAAGAUUAGUUAACUGGUCUGUUAAAUUAAACACUGCUAUUUCUAACUUAGAAGUUGAAAACAAAGAAGUUAAGGGUAGAACACUAUUGAGUGUUCCAAACUACGAUGAAAAGGUUGAAUUUGGUGUCUUAACUUCCUUUGCUUACCCAGUCGUUGAUUCUGACGAAAAGCUAAUUAUUGCUACUACUAGACCAGAAACAUUAUUUGGUGAUACCGCUGUGGCAGUUCAUCCAGAUGAUGAUCGUUAUAAACACUUACACGGUAAAUUUAUUCAACACCCAUUUUUACCAAGAAAAAUCCCAAUUAUCUGUGAUAAGGAAGCUGUCGAUAUGGAAUUUGGUACUGGUGCCGUUAAAAUUACUCCAGCUCAUGACCAAAACGAUUACAACACUGGUAAACGUCAUAAUUUGGAAUUCAUUAACAUUUUAACUGAUGAUGGUUUAUUAAACGAAAACUGUGGCCCAGAAUGGGAAGGUAUGAAGAGAUUCGAUGCCAGAAAGAAAGUUAUUGAAUUAUUAAAAGAAAAGAAUUUAUAUGUUGGCCAAGAAGAUAAUGAAAUGUCAAUUCCAACUUGUUCUAGAUCUGGUGAUAUUAUUGAACCAUUAUUAAAGCCACAAUGGUGGGUUGCACAAGGUGAUAUGGCUAAGGAGGCUAUUAAGGCUGUUAAGAAUGGUGAAAUUAACAUUGCUCCAAAGUCAUCUGAAGCCGAAUACUUCCACUGGGUUAACAAUAUCCAAGAUUGGUGUAUUUCCAGACAACUAUGGUGGGGUCAUCGUUGUCCAGUUUAUUUUGUUCAUAUUGAUGGUGAAGAAAAUGAUCCAAAUGACGGUAAAUAUUGGGUCGCUGGUAGAACUGAAGAAGAAGCUCAAGCUAAGGCUGAAGCUAAAUUCCCAAAUACCAAGUUUACAUUAGAAAGAGAUGAAGAUGUCUUAGAUACUUGGUUUUCUUCUGGUUUGUGGCCAUUUUCUACUUUAGGUUGGCCAAACAAAACCAAGGAUUUGGAAAACUUCUAUCCUUUCUCAAUGUUAGAAACUGGGUGGGACAUCUUAUUCUUCUGGGUUACUAGAAUGAUUUUGUUAGGUAUUAAAUUGACUGGUUCUAUUCCUUUCAAAGAAGUUUUCUGCCAUUCUUUGGUUAGAGAUGCCCAAGGUCGUAAGAUGUCUAAAUCUUUAGGUAAUGUCGUUGAUCCAUUAGAUGUUAUCAGAGGUAUCAAAUUAGAAGAUUUACAUGCUAAGUUAUUAGUUGGUAACUUAGACCCAAGGGAAAUCGAAAAAGCUAAGGAUGGCCAAAAAGAAUCUUAUCCAAAUGGUAUUCCACAAUGUGGUAGUGAUGCUAUGAGAUUUGCCUUAUGUGCUUAUACUACUGGUGGUCGUGAUAUUAACUUAGAUAUCUUACGUGUUGAAGGUUACAGAAAGUUUUGUAACAAGAUCUAUCAAGCUACUAAGUUUGCUUUAAUGAGAUUGGGUGAAGAGUAUGUUCCAUCUGCCAAGGAAGAAUUAACUGGUCAUGAAUCUUUAGUCGAACAAUGGAUUUUGAACAAAUUGACCAACUGUGCUAAGGUUGUAAAUGAAGCUAUCGAAAAGCGUGAUUUCUUAAAUUCUACUAGUGCUAUUUAUGAAUUCUGGUACUUAGUAUGUGAUGUUUACAUUGAAAACUCCAAGUAUUUGAUCCAAGAAGGUACAGAAGUUGAACAAAAAUCUGCUAAAGAUACUUUAUACAUUUUAUUAGACAAUGCCUUGAAAUUAAUUCAUCCAUUCAUGCCAUUUAUUUCUGAAGAAAUGUGGCAACGUUUACCAAAACGUUCUUCAGAAACUUCAGAAACAAUUGUUAAGGCAUCUUACCCAGUUUUCAGAAAAGAUUUCAGCAAUGAAAAGGCCGAUAAAGAUUAUGAAUUAGUUUUAGCUAUUACUAAGGAAGCUCGUUCAUUAUUGGCUGAAUAUAAUAUCAUUAAGAACGGUAAAGUUUAUGUUGAAUCGGCCCAUGCUGAAUCCUUCGAAACCGCUAAAUCUCAAAAAGAUUCCAUUGCUUCCUUAAUUAAAGCUGUAGAGGAAGUAACUGUUGUUAACAAGGCUGAUGAUAUUCCAGGUGGUUGUGUCUUGAAAUCUGUUAAUCCAGAAGUCAACGUUCAUGUCUUGGUUAAGGGUCAAAUUGAUAUCGAUGCUGAAAUUACUAAAGUCGAAAAAAAAUUAGAAAAAUCUUUGAAAUCAAAGCAAUCUAUUGAAAAGACCAUGUCUAGUAAAGAUUAUGAAAAGAAGGCUAAUGCACAAGCACAAGAAGCCAAUAAAACUAAAUUGGAAAACACAAUUGCUGAAAUUGAAGGUUUAGAAGCUACAAUUGAAAAUUUAAAAAAAUUGAAAUUAUAG